CGGAAAGCAGCGGCCCGCGGCGCGCUCUGGCGUGAAGGGCCGGUACGUGAGGGGGAGGCCUGGCCCGCGGACCCGGCUCCCAGCUCGGGCAGUUCUUACAGCCCAGCUCUGUGCUCUGCUCUCUGCUGGCUCCAGGAGGGGUCCUCACUCGCUGACCACACUGACCUCAGGACCAAGGGAACAAAACACAGCAGGGGCAAUCCAUCCGGUCCACGGAGAAGUGCUAAACCCCAAAGGGUAAAUGAGAUUCCCACAGGAGGAGCAGGGAGGGGACAACAGGCAGGGUGGAGGGAACAGCAUGAGGAACAGCAUUUGAGCCCAGCGUGUGUGGCCUCCAUGUGCUGAAUGUGUACUGGAUACCAAGCUUGCUCCACGGAGGCCCUGUGAAGGUGGCUGUGGAUCACAGAUAUCCUCAGCUCUCUCCAGAGCUCAACACAGUACCAGAUGCUCCAGAAAUGUUUGCUGAACUGAAUUUGAUUGGAAAGGAAAACAGAGCCCCAGGCCUGCGUGGUGGCUCACGUCUGUAAUCCCAGCACUGUGGGAGGCCAAGGCAGACGGAUCACUUGAGGUCAGGAGUUCAAGACCAGCCUGGCCAACAUGGUCCCAGCUGCAGGGCAGCCAUGAGCCUGGUGGCCUGUGAGUGCCUGCCCAGCCCCGGCCUGGAGCCUGAGCCUUGCUCACGAGCACGGUCCCAAGCUCGCGUGUACCUGGAGCAGAUUCGCAACAGGGUGGCUCUGGGAGUGCCUGACAUGACAAAACGUGACUAUCUGGUGGAUGCGGCCACGCAGAUCCGGCUGGCCCUGGAGCGCGAUGUUAGUGAGGACUAUGAGGCGGCCUUCAACCACUAUCAGAAUGGCGUGGACGUGCUGCUCCGUGGCAUACACGUUGACCCCAACAAGGAGCGACGUGAGGCUGUGAAGCUGAAAAUUACCAAAUACCUGCGGCGGGCAGAGGAGAUCUUCAACUGCCACCUGCAGCGGCCACUGAGCAGUGGAGCCAGCCCCAGCGCGGGUUUCAGCAGCCUGAGGCUCCGGCCCAUUCGCACGCUGAGCUCUGCCGUGGAGCAGCUGAGGGGCUGCAGGGUGGUCGGGGUCAUCGAGAAGGUGCAGCUGGUCCAGGACCCGGCAACCGGAGGGACCUUUGUGGUGAAGAGCCUACCCAGGUGCCACAUGGUGAGCAGGGAGCGGCUGACCAUCAUCCCACACGGAGUCCCCUACAUGACGAAGCUGCUCAGGUACUUUGUGAGCGAGGACUCCAUCUUCCUGCACCUGGAGCAUGUGCAAGGAGGCACUCUCUGGUCCCACCUGCUCUCCCAGGCGCACUCCCGACAUUCUGGGCUCAGCUCUGGCUCUACCCAGGAGAGGAUGAAGGCUCAGCUCAACCCCCACCUCAACCUCCUGACCCCAGCGAGGCUUCCCUCAGGCCAUGUCCCUGGCCAGGACAGAAUCGCCCUGGAGCCUCCUAGGACUUCUCCGAACCUUCUCCUAGCUGGGGAGGCCCCAUCCACCAGACCCCAGAGGGAGGCUGAAGGUGAACCCACAGCCAGGACCAGCACCUCUGGCUCCUCGGACCUUCCAAAGGCCCCAGGUGGCCACCUGCACCUUCAAGCUAGGAGGGCUGGCCAGAACUCAGACGCUGGGCCCCCUCGGGGGCUCACUUGGGUUCCUGAGGGGGCCAGCCCGGUGCUAGGGGGCUGUGGCCGAGGCAUGGAUCAGAGCUGCCUGUCAGCAGAUGGGGCCGGCCGGGGCUGUGGCAGGGCCACCUGGAGUGUGAGAGAGGAGCAGGUGAAGCAGUGGGCGGCAGAGAUGCUGGUAGCGCUGGAGGCGCUGCACGAGCAGGGGGUGCUGUGCCGGGACCUCCACCCCGGGAACCUGCUCCUGGACCAGGCAGGUCACAUCCGGCUCACAUAUUUUGGCCAGUGGUCAGAGGUGGAGCCCCAGUGCUGCGGGGAGGCCGUGGACAAUCUCUACAGCGCCCCAGAGGUGGGUGGGAUUUCCGAGCUGACGGAAGCCUGUGACUGGUGGAGCUUUGGGUCUCUACUGUAUGAACUGCUGACGGGAAUGGCAUUGUCCCAGAGCCACCCUUCAGGAAUCCAGGCCCACACCCAGCUCCAGCUGCCCGAGUGGCUCAGUCGCCCAGCGGCCUCUCUGCUGACUGAGCUGCUGCAGUUCGAGCCUACCCGGCGCCUGGGCAUGGGAGAAGGUGGUGUCAGCAAACUCAAGUCCCAUCCCUUUUUCAGUACCAUCCACUGGAGCAAACUGGUGGGUCAACAGACCCGUUGAGCAUGUGGACUCACCAUGUUAAAGGUUGCCUUCUGUGGCACUGGCGCUGAGCUGUUGACCACCUGCUGCACCCUACUGUGAGGUUCUGUGACUCACUCACUGCCAUGUUGUGCCCCACUCAGGACAUCUCUGGAGACUCAUCUCAGGACACUGAUCCACUGGCUCAGUGGACCCAAACCAGACUGUCCUGGCUAGUCCUCUUAGUCCCACAGCGAGUAGGCCUCUUCCACCAGAAGCUGUUCCUGCAGCUGGGGAGGCCCAGAAGCAGGGGUGCCAUCUGUUGUGCAGGGAGGGAUGAGGUAGCGGACAGGAUGACCCCUCUCCCCCCCGAUUCCUGACCAUGCCCCCUAUCUUGUGAUUUCAGACUUGGGAGAGCAAAAGGGAGGGGAAGAAAAUAAGAGGAAUGGGGGGAGGAAGGAAUGCAUGGCUCUGCCCCUUAGAGCAAGUCUGAAACCAGAAUCAAGCGUCCUCCUCCCCAGUGGGCCUAUCUGUGUGGGGGAAGAGGGGCAGCCUGCCCCAGGGGUGCAGGAGGACAGCAAUUCAGCCUCCAGGCCAAAGCAGUUUAGACAAGGUGUGCCCAUCAGGACUCCCUCUCAGGCCUUGGCUGUUUACCAUGUCACUGCCUACUGUGACUUCAUGCCCUUUUGGGAUAAGAAACCACAAAACGCAUGGAACAACUAUCCAUGGCUCUUAGCCAGAAAUGUCUUGCCUCUGGUCUCUGAAAAGCUGGGGUGAGUGGUUACCCCAAAGACAAUUGCCUCCAGUUUGGGGGCUCCUCUCAGGGUUCACCCUGUCACCGGGGUGUGGGACCGACCUGGGAAAUUUCCACUAGAGUUUUGCCCUCAGCUCCUCCCUGCCAGUAUCCCAGUCACCACCAGGUGGCGCUUCUGACACGGUCCACGUGCCUGGCUCUGAAGGCCCAACAACUGUCAGGCCAGACCCCCUCACUCAUGGUGGGGAGACUUGACUUCCUCGGGCUCUUCAGGAGACUGAGACAGAGAAGACAAGUGAAAGCGCAGCCUGUACAUGACUCUCUGUGGUCCACGUCCUGCCUCUCCCUGGGGUUUACGCGGCCCCAAUAAAGCCUGCUCUGGCCUA